AUGGCUGCCAGAGAGCCAUCCAGGUACCUCACAAGGGCAUUGCCCCGGGCCUCAGUGCCUUCAAUUCGUCCUCAAGGCUUUUUAUCGCGCCGCAAUGUCUCCGAUGAAGCCCCGGCACGGCGUCUGUCGGACCACCUGACUGAGCUGGAAUCGGCGUCGUCUUUUUCCACGCCUGUAUCGGCCAGUGCCGCAGAAUCUUUUAACCCGCUUGCACGAGCAGCUGCUCGCAAGAACCAGCUUCCCCGAGGCCGAUACCAAUUCCGAUCCCCUAAAUAUAACCGUGGUCCUCUCCACCCUCACCAACCGCCUCCGCCAUCCCACCCUUCCUCCCGUCUGUUCGUCCCAGGCCCGUUCUCCUCCCCCCGUGCCGAGCAGAGCUACGACUCAACCGUCGCCUCCGACAUCAUGACCCUGUGCUACGUCCACACACCACCAGGCUUUAAGCCACCCCCUAAGGCACCCCGUCUCCGUGAGUGGGACGACAGCUCGCCCUACCACAAGAACCGUGUUCUCCGUGGACCCCGUGGUGGUGACGUCCUGCGCCUGCUCCGCAAGCCCAUCAAGUUCAACAACAUCCCCGAACUUGAGCGCAUCACCAUCCACAGCUACGUGAAAAACGCUGCCUUUGAGAGGAACUCUUCUUGGUUGCACGUCGCUGGUAUCGCUGUCCAGGCGAUCUCCAACGUGCGCGUUGAGACUUUCAAGUCCAAGGCUAACGUUGCUACUUGGGGUAUUGCGGCGGGUCGUGAUUCCGUCGCUGUCAAGGCUGAGCUUUAUGGCGAGAAUAUGUACCACUUCUUUGGUAAAUUGGUCGAUGUGGUCUUGCCCCGUAUCAAGGAUUGGGAGGGUGUCAAAGGCUCCUCCGGUGAUAGCAGUGGUAACAUUACUUUCGGUCUGGUGCCGGAGAAUGUUGCUCUGUUCCCAGAGGUUGAAAUCAACUACGAUAUGUAUCCUCCCAAGAUGAUCCCUGGUUGUCACAUCACCUUCCACACCACCGCUAAAACUGACAAGGAUGCUCGUCUCCUCCUGAGCGCCAUGGGAAUUCCUUUCUACGGAAAGAUUGUUAACUAA